CUCUCUCUCUCUCUCUCUCUCCUUUUUAUUUGGACUUGAAUUAAAACGAUGAAGAAAUUCUUCGACUCGCGCCGGGAGGCCGCCGGCUCGGGGGGAGGAAGCGGCGGCGGCGGAGGAGGCGGCGGCGGCGGCGGCGGCGGAGGCUCCGGCAGCUCCUCCUCCGGCCCCGGCGGCGGCUUCGUGGGCCGAGUGUUCAACGUCGGGCGGCAGCAGGUGACGGUGGAGGAGGUGGUGGCGGAAGGGGGCUUUGCCAUUGUGUUUCUGGUGAGGACUCACAGUGGGGUGAAAAGUGCCCUGAAGAGAAUGUACGUCAACAAUGAACACGAUCUGCAAGUGUGCAAGAGAGAGAUCCAAAUCAUGAGGGACCUGGUUGGGCUGAAGAACAUCGUGGGAUUUGUGGAUUCCAGCAUCACUCCUGUAGGUUCCGGGGAGGUCUGGGAAGUUCUCAUCCUCAUGGAUUUCUGUCGGGGGGGUCAGGUCGUCAACCUGAUGAACCAGAGGCUACAGACCGGCUUCACGGAGACAGAGGUGCUGCAGGUGUUCUGCGAUACAUGCGAGGCAGUGGCAUGGUUGCACCAGUCCAAAACGCCCAUCAUACACCGUGACCUGAAGGUGGAAAACAUCCUGCUUCACGACAAAGGCCACUACGUGCUCUGUGACUUCGGGAGCGCGACCGACAAGUUCCAGAAUCCUCAGGUGGAAGGAGUCAACACAGUAGAAGAUGAGAUUAAAAAGUACACAACAUUGUCUUACAGAGCUCCGGAAAUGGUGAACCUUUACUGUGGCAAACCAAUCACCACAAAGGCUGACAUCUGGGCGCUCGGCUGUUUGCUGUACAAACUCUGUUUUUUCACACUACCGUUUGGAGAAAGCCAGGUCGCCAUCUGUGACGGCAACUUCACCAUCCCCGAUAAUUCCAAAUACUCCUCCGAGAUGCACUGCCUAAUCAGAUAUAUGCUUGAACCCGACCCAGAUAAGAGACCAGACAUUUACCAGGUCUCCUACUUUGCAUUCAAACAGAUACGGAAGGAUUGCCCGGUCCAGAAUGUCGACAACUCUCCCAUUCCCGUCAAGCUUGUUGAGCCUGUGAAAGCCAGUGAAGCUGCUGCUAAGAAAUCUCAGCCCAAGGCAAGGUUGACGGACCCGACGCCUCCCACUGAGACCUCCAUCACUCCUCGCCAGAGACCCAAAGCUGGUCAAGCUCCAACCAACAUUGGCAUCCUUCCCAUCCAGCCCGCCUUGACACCACGCAAGAGGCAAUCUGCACAGCCUUCCACUCAGUCAGGUGUGGUGGUUAUGGGUGGGGGUCAGGUCGCUCAGCCCCCCGCUCUCCAGCAGCCUCCCCUGCAACACCCCAAGCACCAGCCGCAGCUGUUACUGCAACAGAAGCAGCCGCCAGCACCAGUGCAACCAAAGCAGCCGGUGCCAGCAGCCCCACCGCAGCCAACACAGGCACAGCAGCCACAUCUCUUCCUGCAACAGCAGCAGAUACUGCAACAGCAACAGCUCCUGAAGGCCCAACAGCAGUACCAGCAAGCUCAGCAGCAAGCAAUGCAGCAGCAGAUGAUGCAGAAUUACUUUCUCCAGCAACAGCAACUCGUAGCUGCCUCCACGCAGCGGCAGCAACAGUGCGUGAGCCAGCCGGCUGCGGUCUCAGCCCCAAUGCAGCCCCUACCGCAGCAGCAGCAGCAAGCUGCAGUACCUCAUUGCGUCACCGCUCAGGAACCCGGCACGGCUCAGAUACAGCCACAGCCAGCAGCCCCGAACCCGGCCCCCAAGAUGGUCUCCCUCACCCCUCCAUCGUCUCCUAAGACUCAACGGGCCGGGCACAGGAGGAUUCUGAGCGACGUCACGUACAGUGCCGUCUUCGGGGUUCCUGUCAGCAAAUCCACCCAGCUCCUGGCUGCUGCCGCGGCUGAAGCCGGCUUAAACAAGUCCAAGUCAGCCACGACCACACCCUCGGGGUCUCCCCGCACCUCCCAGCAGAACGUGUACAAUCCCCCCGACGUCUCCACCUGGAACCCGUUUGCUGACGACAACUUCGCCAUUCUCACUGCCGAGGAGCUGCUCAACAAGGAUUUUGAAAAGCUCAACAAUGGUAAAGCUGAGAAGCCCAAUGCAAACCCAGAGCACCUCAUCCCGGGGCUGUCGCCAGCACCAAUCCAAUCGCCAGGAGACGCCUUUGGGACCGUUCACUUCGCAACCAGAGCAGGGUUCUUGAAGGAUGGCACUGGGUAUCCCGUGGAACAGUUGGCAUCGCCUGCUAACGAUGUGCUACUCAAGCCUGGCGCCGAGCUGGGUCAACAUCAGGUCGCCAAGGCCUUCAACGCCAGCUGGGUUGGCAGGGAUGGUCGUUCCUCUUGCGGCUCGGUGCACAGCAGCGACGAGGAGUCCAUCGGCGAGGUGGGUGGCGACCCCCUGGACUCCAGUGGGCACCGGCCCCUUCUGAUGGAUUCCGAGGAGGAGGAGGAGGAGGUGGAGGUAGCGGGCAAGGCUCCAGCCCGACCGGGCGGCUGGGCCCGGCCCCCGAACCGGCAGAGGCUCCGCUGCCGAGCCAGGGCGCCGACGUCUUCACGGCCGCCCCGUUCAAGAGCGCGAGGGCAGGCGAGACGGCGGGGACCGAUGUUUUCGCCCAGGCUCCCUUCAGGGGAAGAGAGACCCGGGGGGAGGAGGAGACGGACGUAUUUGCCAAGGCGCCCUUCAGCAAGAGGAAACCCAUGGGCACGUUGGAGGAGGAGGAGAGUCCCGCGUGCUACCCGUCGCUGGCCAAACUGCACAGGGAACAGUACGGCCACCUGCAGCUGGGGGAGAUGACUUUGGGGCUCCAACCGCAGGGGCGUGAGGCUUUUGCCAAGCCCCCCGUUGGCGGAGGAGGACCGCAGCCCCCUGCUAGCGUGGCUCCGACUCGAACACCGACCGACCAGGGCCCACAGAAACCGAUCGGCGGCAGAGAGGAGGAGGAGGCGGCGGGAGCUGGCCGGGAAGCGGACUCCGCCAGGACUCCUAGCGCCAUCGGGAACCACCACCCCCACCCGAGCGCCCUGCGACCUCAAGCCGCCCCGCUGGCGCCCGCGAGCGCCAAACCUUCCCGCCUCCAAGCCUUGGGCAAGUACUCCCGACACUACCGAGAGGAGGCAGACACCAACUGCGCCUCGCCCCUGCACAAGGUUGCUGCCAAGAAUCCCCAGGGAGCGCCCGCUCCCGAUCCCACGCCCUCGCCACACUCCGGGACUCCGGAGCUGUCCGGUGCUGAUCCCUUCUCCGCAGCUCCCUUCCCCACCAAAGCCCGUCAGCACAAGCCUUAGCCAACACACCCCAGGAUUCCCUGCUCUUUACCAGCCACAACUCCCCCCCCCCC